CUCCCCAUUCGCCUGCACUUUCAGCACACCCAGUCAUUUCUUGGACCCUCUCUGGACUAGCAACGCUUGCUCGCGUUAAACCCUCGUUUUUUUCCAGGCUCUGAAAGCCACUUCCACUCCACUCGAGCAUCGUCGCGAGCUCUACUAGGCAACGAGCCCUCGACACCAUGGCGGACAGCGAGAGCGACACGGACGGCGCGGGCAGCAGCAGCAGCUCCGCUACCCCGCAGUCCUCCGCUGCCGCCUCCAACACUACUAUGACCACCACGAACACCGCCACCAAAGCGCAGGGCGUCCUGAUCUCCCAGUCCCGGCUGGAGGAGCUGACGAACCGUCUCGCUUCACUACAGCAGGAGAACAAAGUGUUGAAGAUCGAGCUCGAGACGUUCAAGCUGAAGUGCAAAGCGCUGCAGGAGGAGAACCGCGACCUGCGCAAAGCCAGCGUCACCAUCCAAGCGCGGGCUGAACAGGAAGAGGAAUUCAUCUCCAACACUUUAUUUAAGAAGAUUCAGGCUCUGCAAAAGGAGAAAGAGACGCUUGCUGUCAACUAUGAGAAAGAAGAGGAGUUCCUCACCAAUGACUUGUCCAGGAAACUCAUGCAGCUUCAGCAUGAAAAGGCUGAGUUGGAACAGCACUUGGAGCAGGAGCAGGAGUUCCAGGUCAAUAAACUGAUGAAGAAGAUAAAAAAACUGGAGAAUGACACCAUCUCCAAGCAGCUCACUCUAGAACAGCUCCGGCGUGAGAAGAUUGAUCUGGAAAACACUCUGGAACAAGAGCAGGAGGCACUAGUCAACCGUCUCUGGAAACGCAUGGACAAACUCGAGGCCGAGAAAAGGAUUCUGCAAGAAAAGCUUGACCAGCCAGUGUCGGCCCCAUCCUCUCCUCGGGAAGUUUCCAUGGAUAUUGACUCUCCUGAGAACAUGAUGCGGCACAUCCGCUUCCUGAAGAGUGAAGUGGAGAGGCUGAAACGCAGCCUCCGCACUACAGAACUACAGCACACAGAGAAACGGGCUCAGUACAUAGAAGAGGAAAGGCAGAUGAGGGAAGAGAACAUUCGUCUUCAGAGGAAACUCCAGAGAGAGAUGGAGAGAAGGGAGGCGCUGUGUAGACAGCUAUCAGAGAGUGAGAGCAGCCUUGAGAUGGAUGACGAGAGAUAUUUUAAUGAGAUGUCUGCUCAGGGACUGAGAGCUCGUACAGUGUCCAGCCCGAUUCCCUACACCCCCUCUCCCUCUUCCAGCCGCCCCAUCUCUCCGGGUUUGUCGUUCGCAAGUCACACUAUUGGUUUCACUCCUCCAGCAACGCUGAGCCGAGCUCCACUCCCCCACUACACUUCUCCUGGGCUACACAUCCACCCAGUACAGAGGCCAUCCCCAAGGAGAAGUACCAGCCCGGAUAAGUUCAAGCGUCCAACACCACCUCCCUCCCCCAACACACACACUGGGGCACAACACCCUCCUCCUCCACUGCCGCCCGCACAGCCGAUGGUUCAGUCCAGCUCCUCCCAGUCUGUGACAUCAAAGAAUCCCCCCUCUCAGCCUUAAUGCAUGCACCAUGCGCUACCUUAAGCUAGGCUGCUCCAAGCUAGGCGACACUACUACUACAAUGACAACAACUCAGUGUUCCUCCACUGGGCAAAGGUUGGAGAUUGGAGUGGAAAUGGAAGUUGAGAAUUAGAGGAUUGGGACAGUUGAACGAAAGGACUGUGAUUGUGAAAAGUGAGAAUGUGUAGAUGCUCGACAGACUGACUGACCCAUAACCAGCCCCAUGCCAUUAAUUUAGUUAUUCUUACUGUGUUUUUCUGAAAAAUGAUCAAGCUGGUUUGGGAAUGGUUUUAAAGAUCAUUUGAAAGGGUUGUCAAGUAUGUCAGCUGCACAUGUCUACAUUUUGUUUGCAUAAAGUUCUUGGUCUGUGCACUGCCCCCGUUAAAUCUCAACUGUUUUAAACAAUUGACUGCUAAAUUUUCCUUGUAAUAAUUAAAUGCCGUCAUUAGUGAAGGACUCAAUUGGAUAAAUCUUUCCUUUUUGUUUGAGUGCAUCUCCACAUAGGUUCAAGAGGAAGUCCUGAAUCUCAAACAGAAGCAUAUUUGCCAUGGGGCAGCAGUGUAACUUUUUUCCUUUGUUUUAUUGUAUGUUCGUUUUAGUCCGUUUUUAUUUGUAAAACAGACGUGUGCGUGGCUCUUUUUUGGCAGCGUGUAGAUGGUAAAGACAGACUGAAAUGUACUGAUACAGCACUUGUUGCCUUUCGGCAUGUGUAUUAUAGUGUGUGUGUGUGUGUGUGUGUGUGCGUGCGUGCGUGCGUGUGCGCGCACACAGCCAUAGAGGUUUUCCCACGACUGCUGAUUGGGGACCAGUCUCACUGCUAGAAUCCAAACGUGACCCACUACAAAAACAAAGUCAAUACUGGUUUCUGAUCAGCAGCCUGAUGUUUCUCUGAGCCUCACUGUAAAGGGAGAGCUCCUAAUGCUUACUCAGAUAGGGAAUUUUGCUUAAUGACAGUGUCAUUAUACAUGUGAACAUGAACUGACAUGAUGCAACAAAAGGCAUUGUUGAACAAUAAACUCGACAUGAUUAAAUGCUUGUACGAAGAAAA